GCAGCCCCCACUGGGACAGACGUUAGAGCGGAAGGGAGGCAGAGCCCCGCGUACCCAGAGGAGCGCGGCUGUGGGGCUUUUCUCGAAGGUUACAUAAGGCCGUCCCCGUGGCGGCCACGGCCGGGAGCGCGCGUCCGUCGAAGUGGGGAGAGGGGCGUGGGGACGGCGGCGGCGGCGGGGACCCCCGGGGCGUGAGUGCGGCGCCGCUGGCCGAGGUGGGCGCGGCACGGCGCGCGGGGGAGCGCAGGGCGCGGCGGAGUCGGGUUUCAGAGCGCGGGUGACUCAGGGGAGCAACGAGGCUGCCCGCCGCCGCCGCUGCCCAGCGCCGCCUUUGUUCGCCGCAGGAAGGGCGAGCGGCGGCCAGCGCGCAGCCGGGCGCACGGUGCCUUCGGGGGCUCGGCAGGCCUGCGAGAUGGCGCCAAGGAGGAACGGGCGCUGCUGGCGCCUGCUCUUGCUGCUUUCGAUCUCCGCGCUUCUCCCCGCUGUCUCCCGGACCCGCUCCGCGACAGAGUUGGCUUCCCAGGGCCACCUGGACCUCACGGAGCUCAUCGGUGUCCCGCUGCCCUCAUCUGUGUCCUUCGUCACUGGCUACGGUGGCUUCCCAGCCUACAGCUUCGGGCCUGGUGCCAACGUCGGCCGCCCGGCCAGGACCCUCAUCCCACCCACCUUCAUCAGGGACUUUGCCAUCAGUGUCACGGUGAAGCCCAGCAGCGACAAUGGCGGCGUGCUCUUUGCCAUCACUGAUGCCUUCCAGAAGAUCAUCUACCUGGGCCUGCGGCUCUCCGGCAUAGAGGAUGGCCGCCAGCGGGUCAUCCUCUACUACACGGAGCCAGGCUCCCACGUGUCCCACGAGGCUGCUGCCUUCCCGGUGCCCGUGAUGACCCACAGGUGGAACCGCUUUUCCGUGAUCGUCCAGGGCGAGGAAGUGGCCCUCCUCAUGGACUGCGAGGAACAAGGCCACAUCCUCUUCCAGCGGUCUUCCCGGCCGUUGGCUUUUGAGCCCAGUGCGGGAAUCUUCGUGGGCAAUGCAGGAGCCACAGGGCUGGAGAGAUUCACCGGCUCCAUACAGCAGCUCACCAUCCACCCUGACCCCAGGAUCCCUGAGGAGCUGUGUGAGUCUGAAGAGUCUUCGGCGUCAGGAGAGGCCAGCGGGCUUCAGGAGACAGAGGGAGUCGCUGAGAUCUUGGAAGCGGUCACCUACACUCAAGCCCCGUCUAAAGAAGCAGAAGUUGAACCCAUAAACACACCUCCAACUCCAUCGCCUCCUUCUGACGAUGCUGAACUUUCUGGUGAGCCUGUACCUGAGGGGACUCCAGAAACUGCCAACUUGAGCAUCACCGAGCACAGCAGCCUGGAGCAAGGGUCCGGUGAGAUCCUGAAUGACACACUGGAGGGAGUUCAUACUAUGGACGGUGCCCCCGUUACGGACGGUGCCCCCAUUACGAAUGGUGCCUCUGUUACAGAUGUUGGUUCGGGGGGUGGAGCCUUCAUUCAUGUCACUGAAGAGAGUGUGCGUGCUGAGGAAGGUUUGGCGGCCACAGCAGCAGUUGGGGAGGCCGAGCUGCCCCCCAGCCCCACUGGGGAAGCAGAGGCCAGCAGUGUGCCCACCGGGGGGCCGGCCCUGUCCUUGUCCACUGAAGACACAGGGGAAGGGGUCACUCUGGGUGUAGACGCUGAAGAAGGCUCGGCAGCCACUGCAGCUGGGGAGGCCGGCAGCACCGCCGGGGAAGCGGAGGCCAGCAGUGUACCUGCAGGCGGAGUGACCCCAUCCAUGCCCAUCCAGGACACCGGGGAAGGGAUUACACGGGGUGCAACCAGGGAGGCAAUGUUCACAACACCGGCAGCUGCGGCGGAAGUGACCCCCAGCACUUCUGAGGAAGAGGAGACUCGCGGGGUCCCCACCGGUGGCCCGGCCCCUCCCACACCCACAGCGGCCCCUGAGCAAGCAGUCGCUUCUGGUUCUGGUGAAGAGGAGGACCUAGCAGCAGCCGCAACAGGGGAGCCCCUGCCUGGGACUGUGGCAGAAGAGCUGGAUGGCAGGCCCCCCGAGGGGCCCCCACUGUCCAUACCUACAGUGGCUUCAGAGAGAGGGGUCACUCUGGCUGAAGCUGGGGAGGGGCUUCCUGGCCAUCCCGAACCUGCCAGGCCGACCGGACCCACGGUAGGAGCUGAGACCGAGGGCUCUGGCCUGGGCUGGGGCUCGGACGUCGGCUCCGGCUCUGGCGAUCUGGUGCGCAGUGAGGAGCUGCUGAGGGGUCCCCCAGGCCCCCCAGGCCCACCUGGCUCACCUGGGAUUCCAGGAAAACCAGGAACUGAUGUUUUCAUGGGACCCCCUGGAUCACCUGGAGAGGAUGGAGCUGCUGGUGAACCUGGACCCCCGGGCCCCGAGGGACAGCCUGGAGCUGAUGGAGCCUCCGGCCUUCCUGGGAUGAAGGGAGAGAAGGGCGCAAGGGGGCCUAACGGCUCAGUCGGUGAAAAGGGUGACCCUGGCAACAGAGGCUUACCGGGACCUCCAGGGAAAAAUGGACAAGUUGGCUCUCCCGGGGUCAUGGGACCCCCAGGGCCUCCUGGACCGCCAGGGCCCCCAGGCCCUGGGUGUACAGCGGGACUUGGACUUGAGGAUCCUGAAGGGUCUGGAAGCAUCAGGCUGUUACAUGAACCUGGACUCUCCGGACCAGUGGCUCCCAGUGGUCCCAAAGGAGAAAAAGGAGACCAGGGACCCAAGGGUGAGAGAGGCAUGGAUGGAGCCAGCAUUGUGGGACCCCCUGGACCCAGGGGGCCACCAGGUCGCAUCGAAGUCUUGUCCAGUUCCUUAACCAACAUCACCCACGGAUUCAUGAAUCUGUCAGACGUCCCUGAGCUGGCUGGGCCUCCGGGUCCGGAGGGCAUACCUGGGCUGCCAGGAUUUCCAGGCCCUCGAGGACCAAAAGGGGACACCGGUGUGCCUGGAUUUCCAGGACUGAAAGGAGAACAGGGCGAGAAGGGAGAGCCAGGUGCCAUCCUGACAGGGGACAUUCCGCUGGAACGGCUGCAGGGGAAAAAGGGUGAACCUGGAGAGCACGGAGCCCCGGGACCAAUGGGGCCCAAAGGACCGCCUGGACACAAAGGAGAGUUUGGCCUUCCUGGACGACCUGGUCGCCCGGGACUGAAUGGCCUCAAGGGCGCCAAAGGAGACAGAGGGAUCAUGACGCCGGGCCCGCCUGGCUUACCUGGUCCUCCAGGCCCCCCGGGGCCCCCUGGAGCUGUGGUUAACAUCAAAGGAGCUGUCUUCCCCAUACCAGUCCGGCCACACUGCAAAACGCCGGUUGACAUCUCACAUCCUGGGAAUUCAGAACUCAUCACCUUUCAUGGUGUUAAAGGAGAAAAAGGAUCCUGGGGUCUUCCCGGCUCAAAAGGAGAAAAAGGCGACCAGGGGGCCCAGGGACCACCAGGCCCUCCUGUAGAUCCGGCUUACCUGAGACACUUUCUAAACAGCUUGAAGGGGGAGAAUGGAGACCAGGGGAUUAAAGGAGAAAAAGGAGACUCUCACAGUGACUUCUCUGUGUCGGGGCCUCCAGGCCUGCCAGGAAGUCCCGGCUUGGUUGGCCAGAAAGGGGAGACUGUUGUCGGGCCCCAGGGACCCCCAGGGGCUCCUGGCCUGCCUGGGCCUCCUGGCUUUGGAAGACCUGGACCCCCUGGGCCACCAGGACCCCCAGGGCCACCAGGACCCCCAGCGAUCCUUGGAGCAGCUGUGGCCCUUCCCGGCCCGCCUGGCCCUCCAGGACAGCCAGGGCUUCCCGGAUCCAGAAACCUGGUGACAGCAUUUAACACCAUGGAUGACAUGCUGCAGAAAGCACAUCUGGUCAUUGAAGGGACCUUCAUCUACCUGAGGGACAGCACAGAGUUCUUCAUUCGGGUCCGAGAUGGUUGGAAGAAAUUACAGCUGGGAGAAUUGAUCCCCAUUCCUGCCGACAGCCCGCCACCCCCCGCGCUCUCCAGCAACCCACAUCCGCCUCCGCUGAUGCCGCUCUCAAGUGUCAGUUACGAGAGACCUGUUCUGCACUUGGUUGCCCUGAACACGCCGUUUUCUGGGGACUUCCGAGCUGAUUUUCAGUGCUUCCAGCAGGCCAGGGCUGCGGGGCUGUUGUCCACCUACCGGGCCUUCCUGUCCUCCCAUCUGCAAGACCUCUCCACGGUUGUGAGGAAAGCAGAGAGAUACAGCCUUCCAAUAGUUAACCUCAGGGGCCAAGUACUUUUCAACAAUUGGGACACAAUUUUUUCUGGCCACGGAGGUCAGUUCAAUACACAUAUUCCAAUAUACUCCUUUGAUGGCCGAGAUGUGAUGACGGAUCCUUCCUGGCCCCAGAAGGUCAUCUGGCAUGGCUCCAGCCCCCAUGGAGUGCGUCUUGUGGAUAACUACUGUGAAGCGUGGCGAACCGCUGACAUGGCUGUCACGGGACUGGCCUCCCCACUGAGCACGGGGAAGAUUCUGGACCAGAAAACAUACAGCUGUGCUAAUAGGCUCAUAGUUCUGUGUAUCGAAAACAGUUUCAUGACAGAUGCCAGGAAGUAAUGACCUUCCAAUGAUUCAUAAGGGUUUCCCAGUUUUUCUUAUGUGAAGAGUUGACACUGAAAUCUAAAAGGUUUAAAUGUUGUAAAUAUUAGUUUAUUUUUUAUUACACAUUCAUCACAACAGCAACCAAAGAAAACAUACCUCAAUACACUCAAAACUGAAGACAAAAAGGACUCAGAUCAAAAAUAAAAUCUGAUCCAUCUAUUGGUGCUAGAUUUUGCAGGAGGUCCCGUGCGGUGUGGACACGUUCCCACCACGGUUAAGAGCGAGUUGAAAACAAAGGCCGCCUGCAUUCUUCAGAAAGGAAUUUCUUCCUUUAACCAUUGUUGCUGAGUGUAAGAUGUCCUUCAUGUUUUCUCACAAAGUCAGUGUUUAGACAUGUUACCCUUUCUAAGUUAUGUGCCGACCGAAGGCCUUAUUCUUCACGCAUCUGUAAUACGUAUCCGUCCUUUGCUGUUCGUACAGAGACAGAACUGCUCAAAGGAUCUCAUUUGUAUUUUCUGAUAUUACCAGACUUUAAUGUUUAUUUCCUAAACUAUUAUUGCCAUCAUGCUUUAGGAGUUUUAUAUUUUUACACAAUCGUAUUUUAGUAUGGUAUCUGUUUAUAUAACUCUGACUUGCUGGAAAAGUUAAGCACCAAAUGAUCUGAAACUAGAAAAGAAAUUGCGCCUAAUGGCUAUCUUUCCCUUGGAGGCCCUCCUCCCCACCCCCAGCCCCCUGAUUGUAUGACUUCCUUGGGGCAACACUUGAGAAUUUCAACUACCAUUGAACCAACAGGUUCAUGAAGAUGAAUUUUCUGAGAUGCAUAUAUCUUCGUGCUGUAUACUUUGAUUUUUUUUUUCCAUGUAAGUGAACAUAAAAACAUCGUUUCCAGGCACUUUCUUCUGUUUGACUCUCUGCCCUCAGUUCCUUUAUUCUCCACCGCUGAUGUGGAAGUGGCCCUGGGGCGAGUUGGGUCACCCUGCCGCUGCCACACAGCCCUCGGGAGAUGAUCAGAAAGCAGGAGGAUUUCCCGUCAAGCUCUUCCGGGCCUGCCUGUUGUCUCCCCCUUGGUGGGGGCAGCAUGGGGUGGGCAGAAGAACCCCAGCCCAGGAAACACGGUGAACUGUGACUGCAGCAACACGUGGCCUUGGGCACGUCUGCUGGGUUCUUUCAAGGAGGUUGGCAUAAAAGAGCCCUAAUAUCAGCUGCCAGUUAUUAAACAUCAACCUUAUUAU